AUGGUGACGGUAAUGGGAUUGUGUGGCCGUAGGGGUCACAACUCUCCUUCAGCUCUGUGGUGGAGGCAUAACAGAAAAGAGGGAAAGAAAGAUGGAGAGAAAGAGAAAGAGAGAGAGAAAAAAGUGAGUAAGAGUGAAUGAGAGACCAAAAAGUAAGUAAGAGGAAAAAAGAGAGAGAGAGAAAGAAACAGUGAGUAGGCUAGAAAGAGAGAGAGAGAGAUGGAGGCUCUCUGAGAGGAGAGAUGGAGUGCUUAUGUGUGAGAAAGUGGUGGCAGCUCAUUACACUAAUGUACUGGUCCUCCCCUGGGAGUUGGCACGCUGGUUGGAACCACUAUCCCCUCCUCACAGCGCUAGCUAAUGCUACGUCCCCUCAGUUAGCACCGACCGACAGGCUUGGACCCCCGUCAUUCCUGGACACGCCAAGGGCUCCUCCUCAGAGAACUACCUGUCCUGUCCUGUCCUGUCCUGUAACCAACAUUGUGAGACUCUGGAGGGAUAGUUCGCUCCAUGGAGAAGAGUAGAGGCUGUUUGGAUGGAAGGUAUCACGGGGCGAUAGAAGGAUGGAUGGAUGUGCAGCUUGAGAGAUCAGUGCUACGGAAAUGAGCUAGUGCGGUAAAGCUGAGUCUGCCGUCAAUACAGAAAAUAACCAUUAUCUAGCAGCUCAUUUCAAACUUAAUGAAGGAAUCCUUUAACUAACAGUUUUAUUAUGUUACAUUAGUCGUACAAUGCUUAAUCUCAUUCUGGUAAAACUAUGCUGAACGUUAUUGUGUUGGCGACCUGCUUCUCCCUUGUUAAAUGUAAAUGUUAAUGUGAUUGGUUGACUGAUGGGACUGUCUCUUUGCUGUAGGGGACCAUGGUUACGUUGAAGAUCUCUGCUUUCCUUGUUGCUUAUGCCCUGGUCAUUUGCCAGAUGUACAGCUCACAAGCGGCCCCCGCCAGGUGAGCCAGACGGACUUUCAGACAGAAAUCAUACACACACACAUACAUCAUACGAGCAUACACACACACUUGUUUUAAUCUGACAUGAAAAGAUGGAUAGGAAGUGCUGCCAAAUAUAACUGUAUUAUUUAAGCACAUUUUUGGGGGAAAUAAUUUUUCUGUGAUAAGUUAGAUAAUACAUAUGUUUUGGUCUGUAAAUUGCUGAUUUAAAAACUGUAACAAAUACAUAAAAGUUAAUAUGUUCCUUAAUCCAAUAUCCCAGAAAUGCACUCCAGUUAAAGGAAUAGUUCACCCAAAUGACAUAUUGUUUACCUUACCCUAUGGACAAGGUAUUUUACAUUUAAGUCAUUUAGCAAAUGCUCUUAUCCAGAGCGACUUACAAAUUGGAAAAUGCUAAUAUCGGUACCAUGACUUGAAUGGUAUUUGUACCACGAAUGCUAAAACGUUAUCAUGUGGAAACAGUGCCAGGGAAACUAAACCAAAGCAUGGAUUGCUGUCAUACCUUGUUGAUAGACUGCUUACAGGGUAAGAAAAACAAUGUGUCAUUUAGUAAUUUGGGUGAACUAUCCCUUACAGUGUAAAGGGGACUGUAAUGACAUUUGCAGAAAGAAAAACCCCCACAACAAGAGUAAUUUAAUUUAGAAGAGAUAAAUGAGACAUAUAAAAACAUCCAAGCCACUCCCCGUCAUAAAUCUGAACUAGGUCACACAUCGGCCCUUUUAGAUGGAGUACUCUUAGCAGAUGACUAUUUCCCACGUUGGCUAGGGUCCAUUCCAGUCCCACGUCAUACCUUUUAGACUUAGUGACACUCUGAGGAUCUUUUUUUUUUUUGCAGGUGAUAACGCUAGUUGAGUUUUUAUGCUGAUCCCUGUGCAUCACCCACCCCCUUUCUUCCUCCUCUAGACCGGGCAUAGAGUCCAUGACAGACCAAGUCACGCUCACGGACUACGAGGCACGGAGGUUACUCAACGCCAUAGUCAAGGAGUUUGUGCAGAUGACAGCUGAAGAGCUGGAGCAGCACGUGAAAGAAGGCAAUAGGUACAGACAACUGCUUCUUCUUCCUUCCUGCAUUUCUAACAGCCUGAGUUUGCCUCUUAGCUACCAAUUAAGGGACUGAUGAUGAAUUAAACGUGAUAAUCAAUAUUGAUGGUCUCAGAGCUACUUUCGUAUUGUUACCUUUGUGGAGAGACGUCUUCUAGCCACCUUAGCAGUGUGUCCUGCUGCCGUUUGAUUUAAGCCAUUUGGAGGUAUGUGCUCAGAGGAAUGGCUACUUACUCCAUCUCAAGGAGAGAGAUCCAGAUCCUAAUCCCUCCCAACAGAUUCUCUGUCGUAACCCUCCCACAUGGAUAAGUUUGACUUAUUCAUUUAUUUGUAUGGAUGAAUGAAUGUUAACAGUGUGUUUGCCUGCUGGGGAUAUUAUAUUAGCAGGGAAUGCCCAACCGGACAGAUAAGUGCAUGGUCUCAAUUAGUGGAGGCGGAAAGAGUUGCAUGACAGCGGGAAGCUACCCGUUCUGUUCUAUUUGGGGUGAUAUGAGGGUGGGUGUGAAGAUACAAGUUGGAGCAUGGGGGUUGAUAUAACAUAUUUUCAAGUGAUCGGAAGGGAAGCAUGAUAUUUUGGAAAUGUUUAAUUUCUUGCCUAUGACAGCACGUCUGAGGGGACAUGCAUGAAGAAAGGGGGAAUGAUACAGUACUAACAUGAGAGACUGUGUGUUGGAGAGAGAAACCUGCAUGUGUCCCACUACUAUGAGCUUGUUUUCUGCAUGUUUGUCUCUCCCCUCUGACAGCAUUGAAAGACCCCUAACCAAGCGCUGCUCCAACCUCAGCACCUGCAUGCUGGGCAAACUGUCCCAGGACCUGCACAAAUUACAAACGUUCCCCCGCACAGACGUGGGCGCGGGCACGCCUGGCAAGAAACGCAGCGCGCCCGAGAGUGAACGCUAUGCAAGCUACGGGGAGACACUUGACAGCAUCUAACCCUCCGCUCUCCUCCUGUUCCCACUCUUUUCCCUUUUCAUUAUAAUGUCCUCCUGGUUUUCAAUCUCAGUGCAUGUGGAUUUUGCCUGCUUGACUGACCUUAGAGCGAAUCUCCCAUUGCAACGCAUCUUCUUUUGACAAUUCCUUUCCCCUUUCGGCAGAGAAUGACGUUGUAUCUGUUCAGACAAUCAAAAUGAGAACUUAUCUAAAUUACAAUUAUUCAAAAGAAUGAAUCAAAAUGUAUCGAUUUUUUUCAGAGUGUAUAUUCAUAUAAUUUGAUUGCAUUUCAAAUUCCUCAAAACCCAAAAUCAUGAGAGAUAACCUACGUAAUAUUCAACCAUAAUAAAUGGUUUCUUCAUGUGGCACCAUGUUUCUUGUUCAAUAAACCUAUUUUUCUACCGGGAAGACUUUUACUUUUUAUUCUUAAGAAAUAGAAUAUUAGUACUUAUUUGUUUUAUGGAUCUAGCUUUGACUCUUCCAACAACUGCAUUCAAUAUUUUUUGAAUUGCAGUAUAGAAUAAAUCAUAGUUAUAAUAGCAGUUCCAAUACCCUUGAACUAUCUCUAAAACCCUCACCAAGUCUCAAGGUAAGAAUUAUGACCAACUGAACCGUACUAAUGAUCUAACAUUUCCAGAGACUAUAUUAAUCCUCUGUCUACUUUUAUGUGUGUGUGUGUGUGUGUGUGUGUGUGUGUGUGUGUGUGUGUGUGUGUGUGUGUGUGAGAGUGAGUAAUAGGGCACUUGUUUCUGUGUGUGUGCUUGAAUUAUGUGUACGUUUGUGAGUGUCUGGCAUGAGUGUGAACACAAAUGCGUCUUUGUAUUGUAUGUGUACGAGGUGCGCAGCAGGGCUCACCAUUAACCCCGUCUCCAUUCCUGAAGCAGCAUUACAGCACAGAAGCGAGCCUGCAACACGGCAACCUGCGUGACUCACCGCCUGGCAGACUUCCUGAGCCGGUCGGGGGGCAUGGGCAACAGUAACUUUGUCCCCACUAACGUAGGCUCCAAGGCUUUCGGCCGGAGGAGAAGAAACACACAGAUGUGAGCAUUCCAACAACCUUCAGGGUGAAUACUCCUCCUCGCUGUCCUUUCUGUCUCUGUUCUUUUGGCUAGGCCUUAUUUCUAUUCUCUAGCUUUUUGUUAAAUGCCUGACAUGACCAAUGACUGUAUAUAUGAAUGGACAAAACCAUCGAUCACGUGGUGACACCAUUCAUUCCUAUGUGAAGACUCAAUAGACAUUUGAAGACAAGGAAGCUGGUUAAGAUGGCGUCUCAUGUGGUUGAUUUAUGUAGAGAUAACAUGCACAGUUUGAGCUACUCCAGGAAGUGACGUUUCAGGCUAGCUCAGUGCUGCCCCCUCUCAUUGAGUAUCUCAAGUUGAAGGCCGGCCGGGGUACUGCAGGCUGCCAUUAGCUACUAUAGUACAUUAUCCUUAUAACUUCUGUGUGCAAAAAAAAAUAAUGAAAAAGGUCCAAGGACAUACAUCUGGUGUAAUAGAAGCAAUUAUUGGUUCCAUUAUUGUCUACAAAAUUGUUAUUUAUUUACAUGAAGAUUGACCACAAAGACUGCCAUCUUCCCCUUCACUAUAAUGGGAGAUCAUGUUUUCUGCAAACAACAGCCUGCAGUACCGCGGUCGGCCUUGAACUUCGUGGCUUCAAUGAGAGGGAGCAUAAAAAAAAUAUAUAUAUAUAUAUAUAAAUUUUUUAAGUGAAGAUUUUACAUAUUGAUUUGAUUUCCUGUGUUGAUGAAAAAGAAUUGCUUGUUCUUAUUGUUUGCUCAGAGGACUUAAGUUUUGUGACUGACAGGAGACGCUGGGCUCUAAAGUUGUUGACUUGUCUGUUCUCUCCCUUUCUCUCUCUCUUCCCUUUCAGAUGUUGACCCUUCUUAACGCGAUGACGUCAGAACAUAUCCGGGAGAAAACAAAAAAAACGAACAGAAAAUAAACACUGGCCCCCUUCAUCCACAGUCUACACAAAGAAACCCUUUCAGAUUGUAGGACUCCUCUCAUUCCCCCCAUAAUGUUAUGAACCUUUCAUUUUGCUUUUGGCAAACCAGAGGAGGAAAACAAUAUUUAAAUAAAUGACAGCAACCUCCGUUAUGUACAUUGACAGCUGAAUCCCGAUACCUUUUUUUUAUACAUGAAAUUAAUUUGAAAUGAAUGGAAAAAGCAGCAGUGCUUAUUUAUUAUUUAUUAUAAUUUAUUAUCUAUUAUCUAUUGGCUCCUUAGAGCACAUUUGUACCAUGUGACCCAUUCGCCCUGUCCCUAUGGCAACUGUGCCCCGCAGGGAUCGACAUUAAAGAUUAGCUUUCCCUAGGCUCCCUCACAACGGCUGUCUUGUGCCUUGAUGUAAAACACUUUACAUUACAUGAUUGUACAGUAUGUUUCAAGAUUAUAAGAAGAUUACAAAGAAGAGAAUGAAGAUGAAAAAUAUUCAAGAGAUUAAUAUUGUAACAAUUGUGAAUUUCAGCAAAAUUAAAAUGUAUUUUAGAUACAUUCGGGUUUGG